AUCAAAAGGACUUUAAUAUUAGGUUUUCUUUGUAGCACAACAGAGAACAGAACAUAACUACAUCGUAUAUCUUCAUGGUACAAUUUCCGGAUAUAAGAUAUGGGCAUAACGCAGAUAUUUAGAAAAAUAGGAAAAACAUAUAUAGUUAUAAAAGUAAAAUAAAAUAAAUCCCACAGGAUCCAGGCCUGCAAACAUUAAUAUUACUGACUAUGGUGUAAUCUUACACUUGAGACAACAGACAAAUUUCUCUUGCCAAAAUUGCAGCGAGUGGCUUUUUAAUAAUAUCUACGGCUGCAUUUUAACAACAACAAAAAAGAGAAAAAAAGAAGAACUGUGGCAGAUUGCCAGCUGUUGUUUCAAAAACUGAUAACAAAAAGCUAUAAAUAUACAGACACAACCACUGCUCUUAACGCAGAUAAAACUCAAAUAGAUUGUGAUGAUGUUUUCGUUAUGGAUUUUUGUUUUCCUUCUUUUCAUUAUGAGUGUGAGUUCUCAGAUACAACCGGGAGAAUCUGUCUCCAGAGAAGAACUGGAGUCCUUGAAAUCCAGGAUGCAAUCACAGGAAAUUAAAAUCCAUGCUCUGGAAGUACUGCUGAAGACGAAACAAGAUCGCAUACCCCUGAUUAGUUUCAUGGCGAGCUUUAAAAAUGAUCCGGUUCCAAUGAAAUACAGCAAUGGUCAGAUUGUUAUCUUCGACAACGUCUAUCUCAACGAUGGCAACGGAUACAUUUCACACUCAGGAAUGUUUCGCGCCCCAGUUUCUGGACUAUAUUUAUUUACUUUAAAUAUUUACGCAUCUUCUUCUGAAAUGGAAUUUAAAUUAGUUAAAGACGGCAGUGAAAUAGCCUGGUUGGUUUCUACAGUUCCUGGUGGAACAGAAAGCGUCCAAACAGUGGUACACCUUCAUAAAGACCAAGAAAUGUGGGUUAUGAAGUUUUGGGGUGGCGAUACAUUGCGUGGUAAGCAACUGUCAACUUUCAGUGGCUUUCUUCUCAGAACCGACGACGACAACUUCCAUGCUCCAUCUGUAGUAGGGUAGACUUGUGACAGCAACACAUUGUCCAUCACAUGAAGCUGCCAUUCUGUAUAAAUAAACGAUAUCGGUUUCGCUAUAACUGUAUGAAAUCACCGACAUCGAUUAUCAACUUACAUAAAGUUUAUCAGAU